CUUUUUAAAAACGUUGGGAACGAAUGAUGGCUGUUUAUAAAGUGUUUUCAAGCAGAAAGUGUGUUUUAUUACCACAAUUCCAUAUCUAUGCACCUUUUUGGUUUAUUUACAAAUAAUAAAAUAAUCUAUCAAACAUUCUGAGCUCCUAGAUAGGAGUGGCAGUGUUGCAGGAAUAACAAGGGAUAACGAGUUUUGGGUCCAAAAGAGGGACACUUACAAGGUAUGCUUGUAGUAAUAGUAUUAGUUAGUAGUGUGUCAAACAGUAGUAGAUCAUCGUCUGGAUUAAUUAUGGGCCUGGAAACUCAUGGAUUUCAACAUCAAAAUAAUACUGUUCAUUUUUUCGUGUAAAAUACUACAUGGGAAGAAAAAUCAUACAUGUGUGUCUUUAUUUUAAUCAUAGAUUACACUCAACUGGUGACAUGCUAGAUAUGAAAAAAAAAAUUUAGUCAUGUAGUUCCACAAUUAUACCUCUGAGCGCCGCUGUUCACCAAUAAGGAGAAGAAUAUGGAGCUGGAGAUCCACUAGUACUUUUCUCAACAUCACACACACUGCAGAUCUGCAAGAAGGAAUAUAGCCAUUUUUGAAUUCUCUCACAAGCAAAACACUGGAUUACAAAUAAUUCUGCACCUAGGAAAAUAUUCAAUUGGAAUUAUUUUAAUGACUACUGAAAUGAGAAACCAGGAUUCACAGAAAUGCAAAGGAAUCAUAUGGCAAGUAAUAUUUUCCUUCUUAUUUUCUUUUCUUUGUCAUUCAGUCUCUGGACAGCUUCGAUAUUCAAUACUUGAAGAAAUGAGGAAAGACUCUGUUAUAGGAAAUAUUGCAAACGAUCUUGGAUUAGAUAUUAAGCAGCUCUCACUUCGAAGAUUUCGUAUUGUUUCACGUGUUUCAGAGAAAUAUUUCUAUGUUAAUUUAGGAAAUGGAAAUUUGUAUAUUAAGAAUAGGAUAGAUAGAGAGACACUGUGUGGGAGAGAGCCUACCUGCUUCCUAACAUUUGAUGCAGUGGUUGAAAAUCCCUUAAACGUUUAUACUGUACACAUUGAAAUUCAGGAUAUCAAUGAUAAUGCUCCAACUUUCUUUCACAAUACUGUUGCACUAGAAAUUAUUGAAACAAGUUCACUAGGAACACAUUUAAUUUUGCAAACAGCUGAAGAUCCAGAUAUUGGUAUUAAUUCUGUACAGACAUACAAACUCAGUGACAAUCAGCAUUUUAUACUAAGUGAAAAGACCAGAUCUGAUGGCAGUAAAUAUCCAGAACUUGUCUUAGAGAAACCUUUAGAUCGAGAAACACAGAAUAUUCAUGAACUCAUUUUAACAGCCCUAGAUGGAGGAAACCCAAAGAAAUCUGGCACUGCACUAAUAAAAAUUGCCAUUGCUGAUGUGAAUGAUAAUUUCCCUAUAUUUGCUCAAGAUGUAUAUAAAGUAAGCAUAAGCGAAAACACCCCUAUCAACUUUACAGUCCUUCACGUAAAAGCAACUGAUCAAGAUGAAGGAUCCAAUGCUCUGAUCACAUAUUCAUUUGCAAAAACAUCAGAAAAUGCCCAUUAUAAUAGCAUGUUUCACAUUCACCCUACAAAUGGAGAAAUUACAACAAAUGAAAAUGUGGACUUUGAAGCAGCAAGAAUGUAUGAAAUUUCAGUAGAAGCAAAGGACAGCGGUGGUCUUGUGGCCCAGUCUAAAGUACUAAUUGAAAUAACAGAUGAAAAUGACAAUGCUCCUGAAAUAUAUGUUACCUCAUUAUCUACACCUAUUCCUGAGGAUUCAGCAUCUGGCACGGUGAUUGCGCUAAUUGAAGUCCAUGAUCAAGAUUCAGGUGCAAAUGGAGAAGUUGACUGUCAAAUCAUUGACAAAGCACCUUUCCAGUUAAUUUUGUCAUCUAAUAGAUAUUUUAGAAUUGUUACAACAAGUGCUUUGGACAGAGAGAAAGAAUCAAGUUAUAACAUCUCAAUUUUAGCAACCGACAGAGGAUCUCCUCCACUCUCCACUAAGAAAACCAUCAGAUUGGAAAUAUCAGAUGUUAACGACAACCCACCAGUAUUUAUGAAAUCAACAUUUCUUGCCUAUGUUCAAGAAAAUAAUUUACCAGGAUCAUCUAUUUAUAGUAUACAAGCUUCAGAUAUUGACAUUGGAAUUAAUGCUAAAGUUAUUUAUUCAAUUUCCAGUUUGAAUACAGAAGAUUCCCCGGUAUCUUCUUUUCUUUCCAUUAAUAUAGAGACUGGAGUGGUCUAUGCUCAGAGGUCAUUUGAUUAUGAGCAGCACAAGGAAUUUGUAAUCCAAGUAGCAGCAAAAGACUGUGGAUCUCCUUCUAUGAGUAGCAAUGCAACACUGGUUAUCCAUAUUAUGGAUCAGAAUGAUAAUGCACCAACAAUACUGUAUCCAUCACCAGAUAAUGGUGGUUUAGCUUUUUUUGAGUUGGUCCCUUUUUCCUCAGAACAGGGUUCCUUAAUAUCUAAGGUGGUUGCAGUAGAUGCUGACUCGGGACAUAAUGCUUGGCUCUCUUAUCAUUUCAUACAUGUGUCAGAACCACUUCCCUUCAGCAUUAGUCAACAAACAGGUGAGAUCAGGAUAUCACGAGUCUUUCAAGAGAAGGAUAUAUUGAGACAUAAGGCGGUGGUUCUGGUGAAGGACAAUGGAUUGCCCUCUCUGUCUGCAACCGUUACCUUAAGUUUUAUUGUUGCAGAUAAUUUUCAGCAGGCGUCUCCUAAACUCAAUAAUCAACUCACUGAGGAAGAUUCACCACCUAAUUUGCAAAUGUAUCUUGUGAUUGCCCUAGCUCUGAUUUCCUUUUUGUUCAUUUUAAGUGUUAUGUUGGUGAUCAUUUCGAAAUGUAAAGAAACAAAAUUGUCCACAGCCCUUGGGCCACUCAGUACAAAUCUUUAUUCUCCAGUUGAUCCCAGGAUUCUUUCUCAAUAUAGUAAUGGGACUUUGCCUCUGCCGUACUCAUACAAUGUUUGUGUUGCUUUGGAUUCCACUGAAAGUGAUUUUACUUUCCUAAAACCAAGCCAAAAGGUACCUGUGGACAACCUUAUUGAUGCUGAUGAUUCAGGACUUGGAAAUGAAAGUUUAAAAGACAAUUUAGAUACAAACAAUCAGGUGAGUUAUUAAAAAACAU